AAUGUAAACUCAAAAUUUUAUUUUUGUCGCGACAAAAUUUUCUAUUCACUCCUGAUCCCCCCUCAUUUUUUCAAUCCUUUCUAAAAUACAAAAUAUCAAAACCUUUCACUUUUCCUUUCUCUCAUCUGCAAUUUCUUUUUUCAAAAAACAAACUUUUCCUCUCAAUCUAUCAAAUUUAUCAAAAUUUUCAAUCAGUACUUUUUUGUAGCUCACAAAAUUUCCUUUCCAAAACCCUCAUAAAACUUCUAAUUACUCCAAUUACUCUCCUACUUACAACAAUUUAAAGUCAAAAACUUUCCCCUUCUCUCAUUUCCGCAAUUUAUUCAUUCAAAAAACAAACUUUUCCUCUUAAUCUAUCAAAUUUAUCAAAAUUUUCAAUCAAUACUUUUUUGUAGCUCACAAAAUUUCCUUUCCAAAACCCUCAUAAAACUUCUAAUUACUCCAAUUACUUUCCUACUUACAACAAUUUAAAGUCCAACACUUUCCCCUUCUCUCAUUUCCCGCAAUUUAUUCAUUCAAAAAAUAAAUUUUUCCUCUCAAUCUAUCAAAUUUAUCAAAAUUUUCAAUCAAUACUUUUUUGUAGCUCACAAAAUUUCCUUUCCAAAACCCUCCUCAAACUUCUAAUUACCCUAAUCACUGUCCAACUUAUAGCCAUUUAAAGUCAUACACUUUUUCUCUACUCGAAUCUCAUCAAAAAAAUUCAAUUGCAAUCUAAAAAAAAAUGACAAAAUAAAUGAAAAGUAAAUAAAUAUUGAUGAAAAAAAGAAAAAAAAUAAUAAUAAUAAACUAGUCAUAUAUAAUUGGGGUAUGCGCGUGAGAACAAAUCCUCGCGUAUAAAAAGACACGUCAGGCGUCGCGACGCUUCAGACACGUUUGUCUCCUGAAAUUAACAGGACAUAUAUGUACAUAUAUAUAGUUUAUAUAUAUGUAAGUAAUACAAGAGAUCAAUUGUCAUAAAUCUUUAAAUAAAUAAACAUCUUUAUCAUUUCUGUCGUCGGUUAAUUUACAAUUUUUAUAAAUUAAUCUAAUUGACGUAAAAAAAAAUUAUAAUAAUCAACAAAAAAAAAAAGUUACUUAGUCACUUAGUUAAUUUAUUAGUAAGUAAAUAAACAAAGUUUAAUACGAAGUAUAAAGAUAAAUUGAUAUCAUAAACGUCAGUUAUUUUAUUUGAAUUAUUUAUUUAAAAUGCAACCACACAAACGCGGGGCAAUUAUCUUUAUCUUUAUCUUUCAAUUUUUUAUCAUCAAUAAAAGUUAUGCCAGUAUUAUUUUACCUGAACGACGCAUACCUGUAAGUAAGAUAACUUCCGACUCAGUGAUAAAUAAUCCAUUGACUAAUUAUAUAUUCAAAGGCGUGAGUAAAAUAGUUCCUCCGUCUAUAAUUAUUUCAGACUGUAUAUUUGUAACAUCAGAUAGCGGUAAAUUUACAUACGAGUCAACAAACAACGACCCGACAGUCUGUGGUGUUUAUUUAAUAACAGAUCCAGAUAAAAAAGUUGAAUUGAACUUUUUAUCUUUUGAUGUACCUUGUGAACAAGAUGGCCUCGUAUCGUUUGUCGAUGGUUGGGAACUCAACGGUGAAUUUUUCCCUCCACCAAACGACCACGAACUACCAUUUGAAAACCGCAUCACCGAAUUCUGCGGCAAGCAUGUGAGCCAUACAUUUAUAAGCUCACAGAACAGUGCACUCAUACAAUAUCGCAUACCAUUCAAAGGCAAAGGCUUCACAUUGUUUGUACGCUAUCGUAAAAAUCCGUAUCCCUGUAAUAUACUGGUUAACAGUACUAUGGACACAUUUACGCUUCGCAAUUAUGGCGAACGUAAAAAUUGUACUCUUGCAACAGUGUAUCCAUCGGCGUUACAAAUUAUUAGUUUGAAUGUUGGUACUAAAAGACUUGAAGGUUUGCCUUAUUUACGACAAAUCGAUACAGGAAUUAUUCAUCAUUGCGAUAAGCGAAGACUACUAGACCAAGUACUAAUUGGUGGUAGUAACGGAUUAGAUACAUCUAAAUUCGAGCUACUCGACUCCGUAUGUGGUUUGAAUUCAAAACCAGAUCGUAAUUAUAAGCUAAUUGGAUGUGGCGUGACAGCAAUUCGAUUAAUAUCGAGUGGACUUUUCGACAACUCAGUCAGCGUCUUCGUUCGACCGGCCGUCGAAGAAGAAAUUCUCAACUCAAAUUUAAUUUGCGGUCUUCCAGUACUCGAUGACGCUUAGAAAUAUAUGAGAAACAACGUCAACUGACAUAAAUAAACAGAAAUUAAAUAUACGUAUAUAUAUGUUAUAUAUAUAUAUUAGAUUCUAAAUAUUGAUAAAAAAUUUCUAUUUAUUUAUUUAACUGAAAAACUAAAAAUAUAUGAAUCUCUGUACUAGAUAUUUUUAUUUAUUUGAUUAGUAUAUUUAUUAAAAGUAUUAAUAUAUGUAAUUAAUA